CGUAGGUUUGGCCACGCCAACGAGCGGUCCGGAAUGAGGGGUCGAUCAUCCGCCUCGCUCUGAGCGUCAUCGUGCAUUUGCCGGUCUUGCGCCCACGAACAUUGCAACUACCAUCUGGAUUAUCUGGCUUUUGAUUGAUCCUGUCUCAUCGUGAACAGGAUUAUACCGGAUACGAUGGUCCGGAGAACCAUGGUCAUUCAUGCCCCGGACCCAAGCGAAGAUAAGGCCAGGGCAGUUGAUAAGGAUAAGGUGCGGAGAGGGGGAAGCAGUGAGACCAGAAUGAUGAGGCCGUAAGAUGGAAGUCGGGCCCAAGUCACAUGCAGCAGGCAUGCAGCCAGCCAGCCAAGCAGCCCGGAAUUCCAUCUCGCCCUCUUCUUUCUUCCCCUCCUAACCCUCCUUUAUCUCCCUCCUCUUCCCUCCUUCAUUUCCCUUCUUCAUCUUCCUGUCUGUCUCUCCAAAUUCUAUUCCUUCCCCGCAUCACCGUCCAUCAUGUUGGACACCGAUAUAUCCUCCAAACCCACCGAAGAGGUGACGACCCAGUCACCAACUUCGCCAACUUCACCGACUCUUCCUGGCUCUCGUUACAGUAAGCAUAUUGUAUUAACCACGUACCCCGGCCAAAGCGGUAUCGACCCCAUCCCGCUCGAAUGGGGUGCCCCCGAUGCUAAAUCCCGCGGCCCGGUUGUUGUCUCUCGUAGCCCUGCAUUGCUCAAGCGACGAAAUGCAAUGGGUGCGCACGGUGGCAGUUACAGCAUCUACAACGCCCUCGCCAUUGCCUCCGGAGAGCUGGAGCCGGAUUUCCGCCCGGACCUCACCAACAGUCAGCCUACAUUUAACUUUCCGUGUCAGCCUGCCUGGGGCGACAAGACCAAGAUCGUGUCCAUGGACCCCUGGGGACAUGACAUUGUCAAUCGAUUCCGGGAUGAGUUGAAUAAGGGCUGGGACAUUCGCCCCACAAUGGCCGUUACUCGUGCAAACAUGAACUUCGCCGAGAUCUCGGAGUCAGUGAAAGAGGGAAAGCUGGAGGUGGAUGGGUCGAUUGUUGUUGACUCGUCAGGUGAGGUCCGCGUUACUAAGGUUGCCGUCGAGCCGGUCUGGUAUCUGCCCGGGGUUGCAGAGCGGUUCGGGGUGGAUGAGGGGACGCUGCGUCGGACGCUAUUUGAGCACACGGGUGGAAGCUAUCCCGAGCUGAUCACCCGGCCUGAUCUCAAGGUCUUCCUUCCUCCGAUUGGGGGUCUGACGGUAUAUAUCUUCGGGCCUCCCGAGCGGGUCUCUGAUGAGAAUGUCAAGCUGGCACUGCGCAUCCAUGACGAAUGUAAUGGUAGUGAUGUGUUCCAAUCAGACAUCUGUACCUGUCGGCCGUACCUCGCGUUUGGUAUUCGGGAGGCGAUCCGGGAAGCCCAGAACGGGGGUAGCGGAGUGGUUAUCUACUUUCGAAAGGAAGGUCGUGCCUUGGGUGAGGUGAUCAAGUAUUUGGUCUACAAUGCUCGCAAGCGUGGUGGUGAUACUGCCGACAAGUACUUUACCCGGACGGAGAACAUUGCGGGUGUCAGAGACAUGCGCUUCCAAGCCCUGAUGCCCGAUAUCCUGCACUGGCUCGGCAUCAAAAAGAUCGAUCGGAUGCUGUCCAUGUCCAACAUGAAGCACGAUGCCAUCGUCGAGUCUGGAAUCAAGAUCCUGGAGCGUAUUCCCAUUCCAGAGGAGAUGAUCCCGACGGAUUCGCGCGUGGAAAUCGACGCGAAGAUCAAUGCCGGGUAUUUUACCACCGGAAAGCAGAUCACCACAGAAGACCUGACCGCAGUUCGUGGACGGGGAUGGGAAAAGUGGGAAGACAUUACGCAUUGAUCAAUCUAUCACGAAUCACGAGGUUUUCGGGCGCAUUCAGUUAUCUGCUUGGUGAUGAAUUAAGGAUGAUACAGCAUUAACGGGUUCCGGAGCGACAUUGCUAGCAUAGGCUACAUACACAUCAGAAAUGUAGAAAAAAAAGAUCAAAACAGAU